AUUAAAAUGAAGUGCUUAAAAAAAUUUCCCUAGACUUCAAUGCAAAAGACUGGCAAAUCUCAAUACUCGGCGGUUUCCUGAAUUGUUGUCUCAACGGCGCGGCACAGUGUAAUAGCUUAGUCUGUCUCUAGCACUCAUCUCUCUCUAACAUCACUCUAAUCGCUCUGAGUACAUGCUGAUAUCUACUUAAUGGGGAAAUCGGGAGUUGACGAAAAGAUACUCAGCUACAACGAUGUUGUACUCAGACAAUCUGAUUUGGAGAUCCUUAGCGGCCCAUAUUUCCUCAAUGAUCGCAUUAUUGAGUUCUAUUUCAGCUAUCUUUCUUCACGCUAUCCUACUAAGGACGUCUUACUUGUUCCACCUUCGAUUGCUUUCUGGAUUAUGAAUUGCCCGGUUGUUGAAAGUCUCAAAGAUUUUCUUGAGCCCCUUCAUUUGCCUGACAAGAAACUGGCAAUUUUUCCUGUAAAUGACAAUGAUGAUGUAAGCAAAGCUGAAGGUGGGUCUCAUUGGAGCUUACUUGCAUUUGAGAAGAAAUCUAAUGUAUUUGUUCAUCAUGAUAGCUUUAGGGGGAUCAAUAAACGGCAUGCCAAGCAACUAUUUAAUGCUGUUGUUGGAUAUAUGGGGGCCUCCGAUUCAGCGCCAGGUGCUACUUAUCUGGAAUGCAAUGAUUCACCACAGCAAGUAAACAGUUAUGACUGUGGCUUAUAUGUGACAGCCAUUGCAAGAGCUAUAUGCAGCUGGCAUGAAAGUGGGGAAGACAAGGACAGAGAUGGCUUGUGGUUUUCUGCUGUGAAGCAACAAGUCACUCCAUCAAGUGUUGCCACGAUGCGAGAUGAGAUCCUGAGCGAAAUCAGAGGUUUAAUGCCACAAAGUAGUCUGGCCGUUACAAAAUGAGGGUUUGAAAAGUAGACAUUUGCGAAAAUCUUCUCAAACUAUAAUUCAGCUGUCCAUGACUCUCAUACUCUUAAGCUAUCUACAAAAUGUACAAUAUCUGAUUGCAUUAGAUGUUUUUGUUUUUUUUUUCCUUUUUUCCUGGUAAAAAGGGAGGAGGAAGAGAGUUAAAAGGGGGUGUUAAGCUUAGGAGACCCAUGUAUGGCCAUUUGUCGCUGCAAACUUCAGAUAGUACACAUACAUAGAUGAUAGACCUUUAAACUUGUUGCUCACAUGAAUAAACACCAUUCCCCCUAC